AUGAAACGAACGAAACAACAAAACAAUGACCUAGUUCAAAUUUCAAAUAGUAAUAAAAAACGAAAAUUAGAAAAUCAAAGUUUUUAUAAUCUUAAUGAACGAUCUCAAAAUUUAGCUAUUAAUUCAAAUGUUUUAACUAAAAUCAACAUUUCAACAAUAUCAAUAUCAAACUUCGAAGAUUAUUAUCGAACUAUUCUUCUACCAAAUCGAAAUCGAAUUAAUUUUCUUGAUUUAUCAAAUCCAUUUGCGGCUGAUAUUAUUUUCUCACCACCAGAUCAUAUUUUAAAUUUUGUUCAUCUUGAAACAUUGAUUAUAGAUAAUGUAGAAAGUAUUAGUUUUUACAAAUUCUUUGAUUAUUUUAUGAAAUUACCUAAUCUUCAUUCAUUAAUUAUAUCUUUUGGCGAACGUAUUUUGAAAAUAGAUUAUCUUUUUGCUCAAAUAUUUCGUUUAUCAAAAUUAAAAUAUUGUAAAAUUAAAUAUGAAAUACAAUAUUAUGAAGAAUUAUUUUAUUCUUUUACUGAAUAUAUUUCUAGUCCAAUAGAGUAUUUAAUAAUCAAUGCUCCUUUUCCAUUUAAAGCAUUUCAUAAUUUGUUAUGUUUUCUUCCUAAACUUCAACAUUUAUCAAUUGGUUCUCUUCAUUUGUUGGGUGAUAUUCACAUCGAAUAUCAAUUAUCUCCUAUUCAAUUAAAAUGUUUACGGCAUAGUUUUUUUUAUCAUGUGCAAAUUUUACAUCUUAUGACAUAUUAUACAGAAACAUAUUUAGAUACUCAACGAUGGCAAAAACUAAUCAUAUAUCAUAUGCCAUAUUUACGUGUGUUUGAUAUUAAUUGUCAAGAUUUUCUAGACUAUGAUAUUUCAUAUCAUGAUGUUGUUACUGAAUUUAAUUCUUCUUUUUGGAUUAAAAAUAAAUGUUUUUUUGAAAAUCAAUAUGAAUGGAACGAUCAAUCUUUUGGUGGAGUUAUAUAUUCGUCUGGUCUAUAUCGAAGAAAAAAAUAUAAGUUUCAUUGGAAAAUAGAUGAACUAUUGGAUUUGCAUCAUCAACAAGAAAAUCUAAAUUCAAUCGAGCAUAUUCAUAUGAGAACUGAUAUAAAAUCCAAUUGUCGAAGAUAUUUUUCAAAUGUUAAUCGAUUAACUAUUGAAACGACUUUUAAAAUAUCAGAUGGUGAUUCAUUUAUAACAAAUCUUAAUCAUAUAGUUUCUUUAAAACAACUUACAAAAUUAGUUAUUAGAACUUUUGGUUUUAAAUUCGAAUAUAUUAUUAAAUUGAUACUUUUAACACCGAACUUAUACACAUUAGAAUUUUGUGAAUCCUCUAUGUGGACAAUUGAUUUAAAUGUCAUUAAACAAAAUAUACCUUUCCAAUAUACAUUAACGGAAAAUAAAAUCGAAAAUUUAGUCGUUCGUGGUAAAUGUUCAUUGAAUCAAAUUCAAUUCAUUGUUUAUAUAUUUUCAAAAUUAAAAUACCUUAAAAUUGGAAUCAAAGAAACAGAAAUUCGAUCAGUAAUUCGGUAUUUAUUAUCAAAAACUCAUAAUAAAACACAAUAUUUAUUUUAUUUAUGUAUUUUAUUGUCUCAAAAGAAUUGGUUAGAAGAAGUAGACGAUUUAAUUAAAUUAGACAAUUUACUUAGCAAUUACUCUAUUAAAUACAUUCGGAACAAUUUACAUUUAUGGUGGUAA